GCGAUACCUCGACAUGAAGCUUCAAACGGCUUCCGUACUGCUCGGCAGUGCUGCUGCUGCCUCUCCUUCGAUGCAGACGCGGGCCUCCGUUCUCAUCGACUACAAUGUCGCUCCUCCAAACCUUUCCACCCUGCCCAAUGGCUCCCUCUUUGAAACAUGGCGUCCCCGCGCCCACGUCCUGCCCCCAAACGGCCAAAUCGGUGAUCCCUGCCUGCAUUACACCGAUCCCGCCACGGGUCUCUUCCACGUCGGCUUCCUUCACGAUGGCAGCGGCAUCUCCAGUGCCACCACCGAUGAUCUAGCCACCUACCAAGACCUCAACCAAGGCAACCAAGUCAUUGUCCCCGGGGGCAUCAACGACCCCGUCGCUGUCUUCGACGGCUCCGUCAUCCCCAACGGCAUUAACGGCCUCCCCACGCUCCUCUACACCUCCGUCUCCUAUCUCCCCAUCCACUGGUCGAUCCCCUACACCCGCGGCAGUGAGACUCAAUCCCUCGCGGUCUCCUCCGACGGCGGCAGCAACUUCACUAAGCUCGACCAGGGCCCCGUCAUCCCUGGCCCUCCCUUCGCCUACAACGUCACCGCAUUCCGGGACCCCUACGUCUUCCAAAACCCCACUCUCGACUCCCUCCUCCACAGCAAGAACAACACCUGGUACACCGUCAUCUCCGGUGGUCUGCACGAAAAGGGCCCCGCCCAAUUCCUCUACCGUCAGUACGACUCAGACUUCCAGUACUGGGAGUACCUCGGCCAAUGGUGGCACGAACCCACCAACUCCACCUGGGGUAACGGCACCUGGGCCGGCCGAUGGGCCUUCAACUUUGAGACCGGCAAUGUCUUCAGUCUCGACGAGUACGGAUACAACCCCCACGGCCAGAUCUUCACCACCCUCGGCACUGAGGGCUCUGACCUGCCCAUCGUGCCCCAGCUCACCAGCAUCCACGACAUGCUCUGGGUGUCUGGUGCAGUCUCCCACAAUGGCUCUGUCUCGUUCACCCCCAACAUGGCGGGCUUCCUCGACUGGGGCUUCUCCUCUUACGCUGCUGCCGGAAAGGUUCUCCCCUCGACUUCUCUGCCUUCCACGAAGAGCGGCGCCCCAGAUCGCUUCAUCUCCUACGUCUGGCUGUCCGGUGACCUGUUCGAACAGGCCGAAGGGUUCCCCACGAACCAGCAGAAUUGGACCGGUACGCUGCUGCUUCCGCGUGAGUUGCGCGUGCUGUAUAUCCACAAUGUGGUGGACAAUGCUCUGGCCCGGGAGUCUGGUGCCUCGUGGCAGGUCGUGAGCAGCGAUGGCAGUGCGGGCACCGUCGAGCUGCAGACGCUGGGUAUCUCCAUUGCCCGGGAGACCAAGGCCGCGUUGCUGUCGGGAACGUCGUUCACUGAGUCCGGCCGCACCCUGAACAGCAGUGGUGUUGUUCCGUUCAAGCGCUCGCCGUCCGAGAAGUUUUUCGUUCUGUCCGCGCAGCUGUCCUUCCCUGCUUCGGCUAGGGGAUCGGGACUUAAGAGUGGAUUCCAGAUCCUCUCGUCGGAGCACGAGAGUACCACUGUGUACUACCAGUUCUCGAAUGAGUCGAUUAUCGUGGAUCGCAGUAACACUAGUGCUGCGGCGCGCACGACUGAUGGCAUCGAUAGCAGUGCGGAAGCUGGCAAGUUGCGUCUGUUUGACGUGCUGAAUGGCGGCGAGCAGGCCAUUGAGACGCUGGAUUUGACUCUCGUGGUGGAUAACUCGGUGUUGGAGAUUUAUGCCAAUGGUCGGUUUGCGUUGAGUACCUGGGUUCGGUGAGUAUCUUCCUGGUUGAUGAUUGAAGUGUGGUGAUGCUAACUUGAGGAUAGUUCCUGGUAUGCCAACUCCACUGACAUCAGCUUCUUCCAUAAUGGUGUGAGUGGUGUUGCGUUCUCCAACGUGACUGUGUC